AAAAAGUGAAAUAAAUGAAUAAAAGAAAAAGAGAAAAAAAUUACAAGGCCGUCUAUUUCCUCGUUCCCAGUCCCCCUGUAGCAAGCAGCGGAAGGAAUGCCUGAGUGAUUUGAUAGUCUGAGCUGUCACAAGGUCAACAUGGCUGUCCGAUCUUGGGUUUGCAUCUUUCUCGUUGUUCUUAGCGCCAAUUUAGCGUUCAGCCGUAAAUGUCCAUGUAUAAAUCCUAAUCUUUGCAAGACCAUAGAUCGCCCGCCAGGAAAGGAGUUAUUUUUCUGGACCGACCAUCCCAAAGUAUGGAAACAGUACGACUGGAACAGGAUCACAACUAUUGGCAUUUUCCGUGACUGGGAUGACGAACUAUUCUGUUACGCUCAUUCAAAGGGAGUKCGUGUUGUUGUGACGUCAAACUUCCCCAUUGAAAAACUGAAUAGUAGUGAAGUACGAGAAGAAUGGGUGAAAAACAAGACAUCGUUUGCAAUGGAGAACUUUGCKGACGGUAUCAACAUUGACAUUGAAGGCCCAGUUGACAAGGAAUCAAAGGAAGUUACAUUGUUGACUAAACUAGUGAAAUCAACUGUGGAUUCYUUUAAAAAGAAUAUUCCUGGCUCACAGGUAACAUUUGAUGUAGCCUGGUCACCAAACUGUGUAGAUGGCAGGUGCUAUGACUACAAGGCUAUCGCUGAUGCUGUGGAUUUCUUGAUUAUCAUGGCUUAUGAUCAACAAAGUCAAAUCAAAGAAGGUCCAUGUAUUGGUAAAGCAAAUUCACCAUAUGAUCAGACAAGACAAGGUGUUGAAGAGUACAAAAAGCUGAACAUCAGUACUGACAAGCUAGUGCUUGGUCUACCAUGGUAUGGCUAUGACUACACCUGCAUAAAGUUUGACACCACAAARAACACCUGCUACAUCAAAGAGGUGCCAUUUAGAGGGGUUAACUGCAGCGACGCAGCAGGACGUCAAAUCACAUAUUCUACUAUACAAGAUCUUCUUCUCACAAGAACGGACUCGGGACGUCAGUGGGAUAUGGCGUCACUGUCUCCUUACUUUUGGUAUAAUGAUCAAUAUGGUACAGUUCACCAAGUUUGGUAUGAUGACCCUUCAAGCCUGAGUAUUAAAUACCGAUAUGCAAUGGAGUAUGGCAAGAUGAAGGGUAUUGCUAUCUGGAAUGCCGAUUUGCUGGAUUACAGUGGCUUGACGAGAGGAACUCUUCAGGGUCAUCUGAUGUGGAGAACAGUGCGAAAUACUCCUGGCGUGAAGUGCCUGCAGUAUCCAUGCAAAUAGAGAUCAAAUCUGCUCUUGAAUCCAUGAUGCACUGAUAGUUAGGCAUCAAAAAUGUAGGGUGUCAUUCCUACACCCUUUAGAAAUGCUCAAUAAUUAGGGGUUGCCAAUGGUCCUUGCAAGAUUUUCCAAGACAGCAAGGAUAGGUUUUUCAAAUCCAAAAUUGAGACAAGAUUACAUCGAGGCAGAAUUAGAUGAAUGAGACCUUGAGAAUUUAAAUACAUAAACCAAGAAUUUGUGUGUCUUUUGGGAAAGUUUUUUAAAAGGAACCAUUUGCCACCCCAAGUGAUAUUGUACAAUCUACAACAAUGAAGAAAUUAUAAAAUAUAUGACAGAUCAGAUUAGUAUUUAUAGAAUUAUCUGUAAGUUGUAUUUUCAUAGAGAAUUAAUCAUCACAACUACCAUACAAAUACUGGUAAAAAUACAAAGUUUAUUCUUGUUCUGUAAAUUGAUAUUCAUUGAUACAUUAUUUUUGAAGCUUGCUCAAUUAUUAUUAAAUACUUUUGUGGAACUACA